GGUUUUCAUGCGGUAUUCUAUUGUAUCAGAGAAACGACCAACAAGAUUUUGUAGACCAGAUUCGCGCUUGAUAUAUCAGGAUCGACUUUUUCUCUGAUUUCUCUAUGAAAAUCAAUUGAUAAAGACAUAAAGCUUCUUCAAAAAAAUGUAAGCAUUGUCCAUCAUGUAGUUUUUUGCACUGAUUAUCUUUGUAAAAACAAUUUUUUAACUUGGCCGACGAAUAAAGAUUCUAGGGUCGAAAUAUUGAAAAACAUCAUAUUUCUAGUGUGAAAUAUCGUUAUUUUAAAUAUUGACUCUAACAUCAUUAUUUAUCGCCCAAUUUAAGAAAGUUUUCUUUUUUUAAAUAAAAUGAACAACACAAAAAGCUUUACGAGUUGACCUAUAUUUAAAACUUGUUGAAGACACUUGUGAUUUUAGUAGUUGACUACUCAUGGAAUCAUUCGUACUGAAAUAAUGGAGAUGUUAAAUAUCGCCAUGUAUACAGGCAACUCUGUUCAGCUUUUCACAUGUUUGGAUCCACUCGUUUUGCAUAUGUGUUUUAACGAAUAAAAAUUGCAAUUAAUAUCACGCACAUAUACAUUUUUGGAGGUUUGUGACUGCCUUAGUGGUAGUAUGUUUCUGUAUUUUUUUUCUUUCUUACAUUCGAUGAGAAUGAUUGUAUUUUCGCUGGUUUUUACAUAGCCACGUAUUUGAUAAGAGUGAAUCAGAUAAUGUCAAUAAAAAGGAAAAAAAAACGAGGCGAACGACAAAAAAAACGUCAAAAGAUAGAAUGGUACGGUGUAUAUAAGACACGUGCCUCUUUUCUUGCACUAAUCAUUCCUUCACAAUAUCAACAUGAAUAAGACAAAACAAGGAACAGUAAGUAGCUGACUACUUGCAAAAGAAAAAACUAACAGCAUUCCUAAAAUAUAUAUGAUUCUUUCGAGAAUAUAUACUACAGUAGAUUUUCUACUAACACAAAAGUUCGGUCUAGCAUAUUAUUCAUUAAGCGAAUUUUCAUUGAAGCAAAAACUUAUCUUGUAUGCUCUACAUUUCUUUGGAGAAUUCAAUAAAAGUAGCAAUUUUAGGGACUUUGCAGGUGCAGGUAUAGCAAUGAAGACAAAAGAAAAAGUUAAAACUAGUGGUCGAAUCAGGGUUUUGCUGGUUAGGGGAUUGAUGGAAGAGUUGAGACUUCCAGUCGAGGGACUCAGUCUCUCCUAGAUUUUCAGUAGCUACACCUCUAAGCCAACGUAAAUAAAUGGUUCAGAUAGUCCUCAAUGUAGUUAAGUCUUUUUUUCGAAUUAGCAAUUUAGAUUGUUAAACUAUCAUCAUGAUGUAUACUCACUAUGCGAUAAAAAUCAGAUAUAUUGUGUUUAAUAUAACAAAGAAAAUGAGUAGCCGUUUAAUUAUGUUUGAGUAUUGAAAAAUAAUAAAAAGCAGAAAUCGACGGCUUGCUUUUUGUGCUAUUACUUAAUGUCUUUUUUUAAUUGAACGCAGGAUUUUCAUUUUUUGACGAUGUACUUAUCACUUUUCACACAGUGUAGAACAAUAUUGUAAAAAGAUAAAUGAAAUUUUUCAAAUGAAACUCGAUGGCAGACCAUUUUGACACAAUUUUAUACAAGGAUUCCAAGUAUAUGCUCUGUUCGAUGGUUUGGUUUUAAUGAAGGGUCUAAAAUUCGCUGAAAAUGUCUCUGUGGGGUUUUAAGCAUUUAAAAUUGGUUUUCAAAGACAAAGAUAGGAAUUUUUUUAAUCAGUCACAUUUGUAUGAUAAAGUUCUCCAUAUGAAUCACAUAAUUCAAGCUCAAAAAAUAAAAAAUAUUCUGGCGACAAAAGUCGUGGUCUUUGAUAACCUCUGGAAAACUAUACAAAAAAAGUGUUCGAUUUGAAUAAUUUUUAUUAUCAGAUGCUCAUACAUCACCUCUUUCCAAUGGUGAAAAUUCCAAUGCGAUAGCUUUUUUUGUUCUCGAGCAAUAUUUCAAAACUUUGAAUUUAGAUUUUCUCUGAAAAGUUACUUAAAUUUGUAUAUUUUCGAUCUUUACAAUACUGUAGGUAUUUCUUUUAUAUGGUAUAUUUCAAAAUACGAGACAGCUAUCGAUUUUUCCAUAAAGUCACAAUCAAUUGUACAGAAUUUCCGAAACUUUUCAUCUACCAUAUAAGUUCUCGCCUAGUUUCUUAUCGAUCCUAUCAUCUAACGUCGUCCCCAUUCCCUAAUUCUCAUUCAAUUAUUAAUAUUAUUCUAAACAACAACGUUAAUAGCACCCUCAUAGUUUGAAAACCUAGGAAAGUUUUCUCCUCAUGCAUUCCAUUGUCGAUAUGAACUAUUCCUAAAAUGCACUUUAUUGUUCGUCGAUGUACAAUAAAUAUUUCACAGAAAUAUUUAUUUCUGUUGAAUAAUAAAAGUGCAUAAGAGAAUAAGUCUGAUCCUAUCCACUGGUAUUCGACCAAUUUCGUUGUUACAGCUCUUCCAUACAUGAUAUGCCAUUAUAACUGGGCUAGUUAUCCUUGUACAUGUUGCGCAAGUAAUAGAUGCAACUGAAAGUUAGUUCUAGGCAUAUUUGACUACCUCAAUUUAGACUCGUGCCAACAACAAAAAACGAUGACAAUAAGGUAUUGCUACAAAUAUCACUGUUAACAACACGAGAGAAACUCGAACGAUUACUAAUAUAUGAAAAUCAGUAAUGAUAACUUAUUAGUGAUUAUGGGCUGUUGUUAUUUAUGUCAACAAAAUAGAAUGAAAUGAAUCAGGCUAGAACUUUCAUUUUCAGACACUGACCAUUGAACAGUAAAAAAACAAUAGAUUCGAUUUGUUGAGCUUCCGACACUGCAGCAUGAUUAAAUCUACCAGAAUCUUGAACAGAUUGGAAUAUUCUUCGGAUAGCUUGCGGUAGAAAUAGUUUAGUAUAUCACGUAAACAAAUCAAAGAGAGUCUUAUUUGAAUCUAUUUUAUCCUAGAUUCGAUGAGACAAUGAAUUGGUGGUAAAAUAUCAAUAAAUUUCGAUACGAAAUCGCAUUUAUUCGGAAGCAUCAAAAGCUUCUUCAUCUAAUUUUAUUCAAAAAUCCAAUAUAUAAGGAUAUGUUAUUUUCAUGUUUGAUGGUGAUAUUUUCUCUUCUAUUUAAAGAUCCAAAUCAUAAACGACUUUUAAAUAUUCUUUCAGCUAUCUUAAAUCUUGAAUUAAUGUUUCUAAAAUAAUUGUCUCAUUUUGAUUCAUAGACAGAAAAUGGUUCAUCGCAGUUUAUCGCCGCGAAAGACGAUCCAAAAAUGCCUUUACGAGUACGAGAUCUAUUGGCAAUGGUUGGUGAUGAACGCAUUCUUAAAAUCCAACUCGGUCGCACACCUGUUCAAGAUCUUAUUAUUACCGUACUCAACUUUUUGAGCGAUUCGAAGUUUUCCAGCAAACAACUUGAACUUGGCUACGAUGACAUCUAUCACAAUUAUUUACUUAUUACUAUUCAGAAUAGCAGAGGACCCGAGGUACUACGAUAUCUACUUGGAGAUGCAAGACACCAUGUGGUUGCUAGCACUGUACUCAAACUUGAGAAAAUACAUCGCAUUGCUCUCCAUUAUCCGACGAUACCCGACGACUUAAUCGAUGUGUAUGAUAUUCCACUUACGCCAAAUAAACUGUUAACACUCAAUCGACUAAUUUCCAUGGCAUCGAAUGUUGAUAAGAAUUUUUACAAAUAUGAUGCUGCUGAAAAUAAUAUGUGCCAAACAUUUGUUGAAAACAUUAUUGAAAUCAAUGGUCUAAUGCCUAAUAUUUGUGAUCAAGCAACAUUAAAUGCUCUCAAACCACAGGAUGGUAAAGCAUUGAUUGCUACGCUUGGUAGUCGAUCUAACCUUGUCAAAGCUACGACUGAUUUGGGCAGUAAAUUAGACAAAUUAAUAUUGGAUCGUAAGAUUCGAUGGAAAAAAUCUCCACCAAAAGAUUUUGCUUUAUUACCCAUAGUAAGUGGGGCU